AUGGAUAUAGACUUAGCCUUGAGAAUGCCCAAACCCGAUGAACUCAAUGAGCAAAGUACUCAAGAGGAUGAUGUUUAUUGGGGUAAGUGGGAACGUUCAAAUAGGCUAAGUCUUAUGAUCAUGAAGCGCGGCAUUCCAGAAGCUUUCAGGGGUGCGGUAACCGAUGAGGUUACUAAUGCCAGUGACUUCCUUGCGGAAAUUCAGAAGCGUUUUGCCAAAAACGAUAAGGCUGAAACGAGCACGCUUUUAGCAAGCUUGAUUUCAAUGAAGUAUAAAGGCAAGGGUAAUGUUCGGGAGUACAUCAUGGAGAUGUCUCAUCUUGCUUCAAAACUUAAGGCUUUGAAACUCGAGUUAUCUGAUGAUUUACUCGUGCAUUUGGUUCUCAUCUCUCUUCCUGCACAAUUUAAUCAAUUCAAGAGGAAGAGAGAUUGA